UUUAAAACGACUCAGCUGCAAGACCGAAUUCUGACGGGACGUCAAAACAGUUCGGAGAUGAGUGUUCCAAAGUCUGAGGACGUCAAGAGGGGAAUCGCUGUGAUUUGGGAGAACUUGCAGUGUCCAAUAUGUUUGGACUUGAUGAGCAAACCAGUGUCGACCCGGUGCGACCAUCAGUUUUGCAAAUUCUGUAUGAUGAAGCUGCUGGAGAGGAACAAAAGAAAGGAUACGAGCUGCCCGGUGUGCAAAACAAAAGUCACCAAGAGGAGUCUGCAGGAAAGUCCAGGCUUCCAGAAACUGGUAGAAGGAUUACAGACUUUAGUCCAGUCCUAUGAAUUUGACACAGGCACAAACUAUUUUACAGGGAUGCCACAUGGGAGACGAGGAGCCAGUGUUGGGACCGAGUCGAGAGAUCAGCAGUGCAGUGAGGAGAGUACCGUCUCUGAGGACAACGUGAUGGACAAAUCAGCGUCCCUGUCCUCUUCGACAGCAGCUAAGGAUGCUUUCGCAAAACUGAUGGAUCUUGAGGAUUCUCAUCCUGCUAAUUCACAACAGGACUGCUUUGAUCCCGGUCCCGGUGAUUUACCACAAGCGUCUGAAAACAAACUGGCAGACGUUGAAGAUGUUCCACCAACUACAGGGCUCAACGGUUUGCCAGCGCAGCAUCAGGGGAGUCCGGAUGAUGUGGCACCGAAGUCUAGAAAACGUUCAAGCAGAAAAUCCAAAAGGCGUGGUCUGGAGCCGGACAGAAUUGUGGACAAGAGAAAGAAAAAGAGUGUGGAGAAGGUGUCGGAGUGGUUGAUGAAGAUCUCACCCUCUUCAGACAACGUAGAAGGAGAUGGUCCAUUAUCCUCUGAUAGUGAGGCUGAGGAGAGCGUAGGCUCAACGGCGUCAACCGAAGUUAUAACUAAAGAUGAUAAAGUAAUAAUCAGUCCUGUAAGGGAGGUGCAUGGUCGACCUUUGGAGGAGCAAGUGUUUGGGGCGGUGUACAAACGGGAUCGGAAAGCUGGCAUGUCUAACAGGAAAGUGUUUUCUCCCGAGAGAGAGGUUGUUCCUGCGCUUCAUCCUGCUGCUUCAUCGAAGAACGAUGAACAGACCAAGAGACGCCUGUCUAAGAGAAACUCUGGGCGUAAAAUGACUCCUGCUGAUUGUGUCAAGAAGUCAUCUGAUCAAGAAACGAGAGUGCAAGAUCAAGAGGACGCUGACAAACCCAAGGAAUCUUCUGACGUCGAAGAAGGAAGCAAGUUGUCAGGAGGAAAUGAGGAGGUGAUGGAAACUUGUCCAUUAAAUGAGGAAAAAUCAGACCAUGACGCUGGAACUAUGGACGAAAGUCCUGCGUUUGAUGUUCCUGUGAAGAGACCAGGGCGGAGAUCGAAAGUGAAGAUGCAGGAUGCUUGGCAAGACAUGGACCACGACUUGGCAGCAAAAGAAACCAGUGCUCGCAAGAGGCGGCUCACUAGGAGCAACUCCGAAGGUUUGAAAGAUCAAGUGAAAGAAUGCAAGUACGCCAAGUCUCUUGCGCUCGUCAGUGCUGGGACUGAUAUGAUCAGCAGGAAUCCCAAACUGGUCGAGACUGAGGUCACUAUCGAGAGUUACCCUAGUAGCCCGGACCCGAAGUCCUCAGAUGCAAGGAAGACCAGAAGAAGCUCGAGGCUUCAGGAGUUCACUGCAGAAGUUCAAGACCCUCUAAAGUCUAAAAGAAGGCGAUCUAAACUCGCAUUGCCGAAGCCUACGGAAGGGUCUGAGAACGAUCCAUCAGGGGGUCUGAAUCAACCUGAAAAGAUCGAUAAUGGAGGCGCAAGUAACGAUGGACAAAGUGACAAAGCAGAACGGAUCUUCAGAACAAACGGCUGCGUCUUCACUGAUGACCUAGAAACAAUUGAGGCCGUGCAGCCAACUGAGGAGACACCAGUCGUUCCCUGUGUAUCAGAUGGAAAUGAAGAAAACGCACUCGUUUCUGUCGUCCCAGAUACAGGGGAUCAAGAAGGACCAUGUACCCCUCGCUCAAAUGUGGUUCUCAACACGCCAAGUUCCUCGGUGGCUGCAAUACCAGACUCAUCCUUACCAGAGAGACGUCAGGAAUCUCCAUCCAUAGCCGUCGUCGCUCCUGAUCCGUUAAUCGCUGCUGGCGAGCGCAGAGGCGCUGAGGACGAAUGUGACGUCAACGAUAGCGAACUCGAUACGGAGCAACUCAUGAAGACCUUCAAAGCCACCAAGAGGAAGUCCUUCUGCUUAGGCAGCCCGAGGAAAUCUCUCCAGAAUUUGGAAGAACAUGAGCAUGAAAGUAAAGAUCAGACAGAGCAUGAAGAUGGAAAUUCUGACCAAAGUUCUGGACUCUUACCUUUAAACCCUGGUAAUCAGCCUCUAUAUGAGAGAUCAUCAAAGCCUUCUCAGACCUGUUUGGAAACGAACGUCUCAAGUGUCAGUCUGCUUCAGUCUGAAUCGCCUCCUCCGUCUAAAAGAAGUCAACAGGAUUAUUUUCUAAAAGCUUCUGGCACCAGUGAAAGUUCUGCCCUGAGUCCCAACAAGGUUGCGAGGUCUACUCAAGGUUCCCAGCUUCUUCCGAAUGAACCUGAAGGUUCCUGCCUGCUUUUCUCUACCAGCAUAACUCAAGACUGUAGCAACAAGUCCCCUGAAUCUUUAAAAGGUCUAUUGAGGAUAACCCAAGUCCUAAAGGAAGACCAGAGGAAUGGAUCCAUACCUAAAAUCGACUCGGUUCCCAACAAAAUUCUAGACACCCCAGUCGGAAACUCUGGUGUUCACUCUAAUAAUUUUGAAUCCUCGGUCACCCCGGAUGGCCUUGUACCAAACGACGUAUACCAGAUAGUCGAACCCGUAGCCGACCGAGGUUCGGAUAGGGUUGAGGAUGCUGGUGGAGGAGAGAUUCUAUCUCAACCCUGUUUGCCGAGGAAGAGGAGAGCCCAGAGGCUGGAGUCUUCAGAUUCUGAAUCCAGCCUUGAGAAUGACAGCCUGCCAUCGAUGGCGCAGAUAUUCAAAUCCAACCGCUUGUCCGCACGACCUAGAGAAGGUCCACCAAGCGAGUCGAAUGAAGAUGGACCGCAAGUGGAAGGUCAGAAUCCAGGUUCAGAGCCUUUGAGUCGCCAAUUGGGCCAAUGUGUGGAACCUAAGAACCAGGAAUCCCUUGAAAACGUUGAGUCCGCUACUAAACAUGAUCAGGACUUACCUAACCCUGGCUGCAGGGAUGAAUGGAUUACGUCUAGCCAGGGAUCUGUGGACCUGUUCGGUACACCAGAAGAAUGUGAAGAAGCAGUGGACGGAGUUUGUGUCCAUGCCGGACUCUCCAUAGAUUCUCAAUACUCCAGUGAGAUCAUAAACACACAGCAAAAGGAGGAGAUGCAGCAGGAGCUGCGGAGGCUGGAGAGAAUGAUGGCUUUGGUGUCCGAGGCUCUGCAGAAGAAGGAAAGUGGCGAGACGGGGGACAAAAAUGAGACUGAGGACAGCGACAAGCACCCAGCAGGAAAGCAGCAGCAGCAGUGCAGAACAACAAGCCCGAGAUCCUGCCAAAGCGAAGUGUCGCCUCAGAACCUGGAGGUUAAAGAUCACGAAGUCGCCCCGGAGGGAGAAAAGACGACAGAUACACGAGCGGAAACGACACUGGUGAACGAAUGUGGAUCGGAUAGCGCCGGCAAAAUGGAGCUGGUGGCAUCUGGGCUGAGCCCCAGGGAACUGGGGAUGGUGAGAAAGUUCGCCAAAAAGAUGCAGGGCAGCACGAGCCGACAUGUGACUCCCAGCUCAACUCAUAUCAUCAUAAAAACAGAUGCACAUUUGGUGUGUGAGAGAACGCUGAAGUACUUCCAGGGCAUCGCUGGCAGGAAAUGGAUGGUGAGCUUCCUGUGGAUCUCGGAGUGCUUCAAGCAAGGCAAAGUUCUAGACGAGUCUCUGUUUGAAGUUUGUGGCGACGUUGUAAAUGGACACGACCACAAUGGACCCAGAAGAGCCCGAACCACGCCAGAUAAAGAUCUGCUGAUGAAAGGAUAUGAGAUCUGCUUCCAGGGUUCCUUCACUGAUAUGACUUCAGAUCAGAUGGAGGUCUUGGUUGAAAUGUGUGGUGCGACGGUCAUGAAAGAUCCGCUCAUGUUCUCUAAACAGGCUAAUCCCUAUCAGCUGGUGGUGGUUCAGCCCGGUCCUGAUGAUUCUCAGUCCUAUUACACAGCUCUGCAGAAGAAGGCCCGAGUGGUGACACGGAGCUGGUUGCUGGAUUCGAUAGCGACCUACACGCUCCAGAAUCCAGACGAUUAUAAACCUUGACAUUAUGAUAUUAUGCUCUCGGACUGAUGUUAUAUACUGUAUAUAUAAUACUGUAAUACCGUAUCCAGCUUACAUCAGUUCCUCUGAGUUUUAAUCUCUCAUCUUUUGCACUUUACUCUCACAGACUGGUGUUUAACACCGAUCAGCCAUAACAUUAAAACCACCUCCU